GUUCGAAUGUUUUUUAAAAAUGCUCACCGAUGUCAUGGGGUUUAGUACUAGUCAUCCUAUUGGAAUGGUUUGUUGUAUUCCGCUUAUCUGUGAAACCUUACAAGAUGUUCAAAUCACGAAUGAUUACCUCAAUAGGCCUACAGGAAAAAGUCAUGAAUUUUUAAAUCCUGAUUUAUUUAGUAAAAUUUUAAAACACCAUUCCAUUAAAAAAAACAUAUCGGUACAAGAAUGCGCUAAUCAUUGGAAAAAUUUAUGGAUUAUAGAAGAGGCGUUCAAUGAUUGUAGAAAUGCAAUAAAAAUCAUACACCAAAAAGAUCACAGUGUUGUACGUAUUUCACCGGCCCAAUUUAGCAAGUAUAUGACUGAUAACAUCCAUGAGUCCAAUAUCGUGGAUAACAUUGUACAUGAACUUUAUCCAAGGCAAAACCUUGCUUUAUGUUGGAUAGAUUCACGAAUAUUUAAGGAACUUUUCAUGAACUAUUGUAGAAAAUUCAACUUAUCCGUCAAAGAAGUCGCUGAAGUUAGGAAAGAAAGAACGCCAGAAAGAAUUAAGAAGGGAAUAGAGGUCAUUAACAAUGCAAUAAAAGACAAAAAAAAUAAGGAAAAAAUUUACCCUGACUGAACAGUCUAAUAUUAUAUUUCUUAUUAUAUUUUAAUUCUUUAUGUAUUUAUAUGUCUUAUAUAAUAUUACUAUUUUUCAAAAUGAUUCAAAAUAAAAUAUAACGACUUUUAU